AUGAAGACAUCCUUCGCCUCUCUCGUCGCCCUCGUCCUUACCGCUAGCUCGGUCAGCGCCAGGACAGUGUUCUCGGCCAUCGCGGUAGACGGUGUCGAGCAAGGCCAUGGCGUCGCUGUUCGCGUUCCCUCCGCCAAUACCCCCGUGACGGACAUCUCCUCCCCCUCCAUCAUCUGCAACACGGGCUUCAUUCAACCCGUCUCGAGCGCUGUGGCUUCGGUCCCCGCUGGAGGCGUCGUCUCUGCAGAGUUCCACCGCACGUCCGCCGGCUACAUCGGCCCUGACCCCGCUGACCCUCUGGACCCCACGAACAAGGGCCCUGUCAUUGCUUACCUGGCUUCCAUCCCCGACGCCACUCAGACGGACGUGUCCGGCCUCAAGUGGUUCAAGAUCUUCGAAGACGGGCUGAACCCCCAGACGCACCAGUGGGGCUCGGACCACUUGUUCAACAGCGGCGGAUUUGCCAACGUCACUAUCCCGUCCUGCAUCGAGGCUGGACAGUACCUCCUUCGCGUAGAGUCCAUUUCUUUGUCUUCGGCCACCUCCUACCCUGGCGCGCAGUUCUUCAUGAGCUGUGCCCAGCUUGAAGUCACCGGCGGAGGCAACGCGUCUCCCGCGACUGUCUCCUUCCCGGGAGCUUACACGCCGACGACCCCCGGUAUCACCGCCAACAUCUACGGCGACUCUACGUACACUGUUCCCGGACCCGCUGUCUUCCAGUGCUGA